AGUUCGGCAGCCGGUGCUGCGCCACGUGGAUUUGCGCGCGGCUGCCCGGAGGUCUUGGGCCGAGGGCUGACCAGUCCCGCCGCCGCCUCCUCCUCUUCCCGCAGUAAGGGAUCCACCCUCGUUCGACAUGGAUCCCGCGUGUUUUCUCCCGACCCAUCAGUUCCUUGGCAGCGCACUGGGCUCGGACUUGUGUAAGCUUUCUCCGACCUCCGCUUCAUGUAAAGCCGGCCGGCCGGAUCCACCUAAAACGAUCGACCCGACCCGCGUCAUCACUGACCCGGUUUCUGGCCGGACUUACAGCAAAGGCCGUCUGCUUGGCAAGGGAGGAUUUGCAAGAUGCUAUGAAAUGACUGACCUCUCCAGCGGCCGGACCUAUGCAGUAAAAGUCAUUCCUCACAGCCGAGUGGCUAAGCCUCACCAGCGUGAAAAGAUCAUCAAUGAAAUUGAGCUGCACAGAGACUUGCAUCACAAACACAUUGUGAAGUUUUCUCAUCAUUUUGAAGAUUCAGAGAACAUUUACAUCUUUCUCGAGCACUGCAGCAGAAAAUCCUUGGCUCAUAUCUGGAAAUCCCGACAUACUCUUCUGGAGCCAGAGGUUCGAUAUUACCUCAAGCAAAUCAUUUCUGCCUUGAAGUACCUUCAUCUUAAGGGCAUUCUACACAGGGACCUCAAAUUAGGUAACUUCUUCAUCAAUGAAAAUAUGGAGUUGAAAGUUGGAGAUUUUGGUUUGGCUGCCCGACAAGAACCUGCAGACCAGAGGAAAAAGACUAUCUGUGGUACUCCCAACUAUCUUGCGCCAGAAGUGCUACUUCGGCAAGGACAUGGGCCAGAGUCAGAUGUAUGGUCUCUAGGCUGUGUCAUGUACACUUUGCUAUGUGGAAAUCCUCCCUUUGAAACAUCUGAUCUAAAGGAGACCUACAAGUGCAUCAAGCAUGUGACCUAUACACUUCCAAUAAUCCUCUCCAUUCCAGCCAAGAACCUGCUUAUGGGCAUCUUGAAACGCAACCCACAGGAACGUUUAACAUUGGAAGAAAUCUUGGACCAUGAGUUCUUCACCAAAGGAUACACACCAGAUAAACUUCCACCCACCAGCUGUGUGAUGGUGCCAGAGCUGAACCCCCCCAACCCUGCCAAGAGCCUGUUUGUAAAGGUGACAAAGACUCUCUUUGGAAAAAGGAAACCCAAAGUUAAAAAGUGUCCUUCAGAAGAGAAAGAUGAUAUUUCCAAGUUGGUAACAGGCCUUGUGAAGACCUCCAUCUGUCGACAGUUGAGUCACAAAACUGUGGAAGGGAGUGAGGUCACCCCUCUAAGUGGCCAGAGUCCCAGCUCCAGCCCAGCAGAGACUGUAGCAGAGGAAGGCUCACGGAAGUCUAUCUCCAGGUCCAUUCGUGGGACAAUGGCUAGUAGCUCUGAAGUAUUUGAAGACUGUGUUACAGCAUCAGCUGUCGUUGAAUCUGCCAUUGGGCUCUUGAAGAACUGUCUGUCCACCAUGCCUCCAGCUGAAAGGAAUCCGGCUUCCUUGGCUUGCCAUGAGCCCUUUGUUUGGGUAAGCAAAUGGGUGGACUAUUCCAACAAGUAUGGCUUUGGCUAUCAGCUCUCCAACCGCAGGAUUGGUGUUCUCUUCAAUGAUGGAACUCAUAUGGCCCUCUCUGCCAACUGGAAGAAAGUACAUUAUAACCUGACCAACAGCAAGCAUUUCUCCUUCCUGGCUUCUGCAGUCCCUGAACAGCUGCAGGGACAGAUGAAUGUCCUGCAGUAUUUCGCCUCCUACAUGGAGCAACAUCUCAUGAAGGGAGGAGACUUGCCCAGCAUAGACGAAGCUGGACAGCUGCCACUGCUGCUCCUACAAUGGGUGAAGACUGAUCAGGCCUUGCUGAUGCUCUUCAGCAAUGGAACCUUCCAGGUGAACUUCUACAAUGAUCACACCAAGGUGAUCUUCAGCAAGCCUGACCACUCUUGCCUUCUCACCUACAUAAACCGUGACAGGAAUUCUUACUCCUACAAGCUCAGCAGUAUUGCAGAAUUUGGUUGCUCACCAGAGCUUCAACAUCGACUCAAGUACAUCCUCAAAUUGCUACUUGAACAAGCAGAUGCCUAAAGCUGCAAGAUAGGAGGACCUUUUGUCUCCUUGUCUCUGUCCUUCCGGGAUCAGUGUUAAUGGCAUAAGAAGUAUAAUUGCUGAGAUUGUCACAAUCCUUCUACAGGGAAUGUCUAAUCUUCAGGAAAGGCAAAACUUCAAACAAGAACUGCAAGAUGUAGCUCUGAAUACAUUAUCUCUGGACCAACCUCUCAAUGCUUAUCUCCAAACUGACUUUUUAAUUAAGGAUUUGCACUUCAUUUGACAUGACUGCUCCAGUCCACAGUAGGGAGGAGGUGCAGGGAUGGAAGUUAAAUGCCUUAAGUGUGAGUGCACGGUUAGUUGUACACAGUGGAGAAGAUGGUGUCUUGUGUAUGGGAAGAAUGAUUACUCUAUCCACAGUAUGGAAACACUUGAGGAUAGAUUGAAGGAGGAGGACUUUUUUGUCCAAUAAAUAAAUACCUACUAAGGGCUUGGCAUCCUGGAACCUGAUGAGUGUGAGGGGCUCAGGUCCUCAGUUGCUCAUAUCUGAGUGCAGAAUUUAAGUUGGCUUCUGUUAAUGAAACUGGUUUGGGCAUUUGUAAUCAUUGUCUGCCACAGACUGCUGCGCUGGUUGCAGAGACAACAGCUGUCAAUAAUUGCUUGGGCCAAAUAAAGCUGUGAAUGGAUAGUGUCUGGAGCCAGUCAGGGAAGGUACGAUACAGCUGCACUUUCACAAGUGGCCUUCUGUAAAGUUAGAAGGGAACCAGCGAAAAGGCUUCUCUGCUUGGUGUAUCACAGUUGCAGCUAAGAUACUGAGGGCAGAGGGGAGCUGUAUCUGGUUUUCAUGCCAGAUGACUGUUUUUAGGAAUUGGCAGGUAUGAGCUGCUGCCACCCUUAAUAAGGGAGGAAGGGUUAGAGGGAUGUGAGCUGAAUCUUCAGCUUUAAAUCAGGGCCAAUUCAGGUUUCCAGUGCUGCUGCAUAGCACUUGGUGCUGCGAAGAUGUGUGUUGCAUAAUAAACUCUUACACUAAUAGGCAAAUAGGACUUUUUUGUUUGCUGAGUCUGUGAAUUGCCCUAUUUUUGCCUCAUUUUCUCAGCUGCUUCCUCGGGCUCAAGAUUCAGCAGAGGAUUUUGUGUAUUACUAUGGUACAGACUUGAACAGCUUAAACAAAAGCUGCCUGUUUGGUAUUUGAACUUUGACAGACUGUUGUCCAUUUGCGGAGCUUGAAUGGUAUAAACGUCUACUGAGACAUAUUUAUGUAUUUAUAUGAAUUAUUUAUUUUGCAUUGUGUCCUGUCAAUCAUGCAGCACCCUGUCUCCAAACUCCAGCAGUUUGAUUACAAUAAAGUCCUUUUUAAUAAAAACAAA